AUGCCUAACUCAGACUCUACGGCGUCAACCUCGACGUCGCCCAUGGCUCUCACGCCCGAAUCGACGGGCUCCUCCCCGGAUCCCUCCAGCGCUGCACGGAAGGCGCGGCGCCAGACAGCGUUCUAUCCGAAUCUGAACUCCGCGAACAAGCCCCAGAAGCCAUUCAGCCGGAGCGCGGCGAAGCGGGAGAGCGUCAUGAUGCUCGGGAGCAUCGAGCAUCUGCAGCACUACUUCACGAAGACGGGAAUCGCGGCGAAGAAGAGUGCACUUGCUACCCACAAAGGUCUUGUCCCGGCCCUCGGUGGCACGCUUCACAUACGCAAUACCUCCUCAAUAAGCCGGGAGAUGCUCGGGAUGGACCUGCCACCCUCACCCGUCAUACCCCCGCCCAUUGAACGCCAGUUCCCCACCGUCCUCAAGUACGAGACGGAUCCAGAUUCCCUCCUCCCCGGCGUGGUCGAAGAUCUGAACGCCGUAUCGCACUCGUGGGCGAUCAACGAGACACCUCCGGCUACCCCAUUCGAUGUCCUGAGUGCUCUCAAGAUCACCACGCGCGCUGUUCGCGCCAUCCGCAACUACGUCCUCUCGCUGCCAGACGAGUCUGCGGGCACGCUACGCGCUCAGUACCGCUCAAAGCAACUCGGUCCGGGCGCGAUCAAGCAGAAGGACCUGUCGCGCGAGCAGCAACAGGACCCGCUGACCCUUAUCCGACGCUCGGCUCUCUCACUCCUGGAGGUCUUACGUGAGCUUGAAGAGCGCAGCCGGCUGCCCUUAACCGACGAUGCGUACGACGCGCAGAGCGAGGGCGGCAGCUCCACGCAGCGCGCCGGCGCAGCGACUCCCGACGCCUCUGCCAGCCCUGCGAACGGCCUCGGCAUUGUCGAUCUUCCCGCAGACCGCGACGCCGACGGGUUCCUCCACCCCGGCGACGCCUCAAUGUCGUACUCCCUUAUCCAGGUGGGCGGCCGCAUGGAGCGUGUGCCUGUGUGGGAAGACGAGGACGACAUUCAGUGGGACGAGGACGACGAGCAGAAGAAGAAGCGCGAGGGCUGGGAUGAGCGGCUCGUCAUCGACCACGGGUGGCUAUAUAAGCAGGACAUCAAGCUCGAGGAUCUGGUCAAGGAGCGUACAGCGGUGUCCAAAUACCUGGAUCAGGUAGACGAAGUGUUGUUUGACGGGAAGCAAGGCGAGGAGCGCGGAUGGGAACGUGCAGGCCGCCGGCUAGCACAGCGCACGAAGUCACGACUGGCGAACCGUCGCGCGAGUGCUGGUCUGGCCGAGAACAAGAAGGUCGGCGCGAUCUUCUCUGGCAUGUCGGCGGACAAGAAGAACCGAAGGGUCACCACUGGCAUGAUGAACCUCAUGGGCGAGCUCUCGCUUUCGGAGGAGCCAGAAGGGAUGGAGGACAUCAGCGAACAAGCCGAAGAGGCCGACGAAGAGGAGGAAGCUGCGACGGAGGCUAGUGUCGACGACGACGAGCUGCCCGGGUGGGCCAAGCGAGGCGCGUACGGCGGCCAGGACCUCAAGCGCGCGCACGCUCUCCUGCUCGACGCAUUACCAGCACGCCUCCGCGAGGCCCUUGUCCCACCAGACUCGCGGGACGACUUCCUGGGUAGUCUGUCUUCUGGCCAGCUGCUCUGCAUCGCGUACAACGUCUGUGUGCGGCGAUCGAAGAAGCCCUGGGGCUACGUCAAUCCAGACGGGAUCCACGACAUCAUCGCGUUGAUGAAGGCGGACGAGGCGGGCGACAAGAAGGAGGGCAGCAAGUCCGGAUGGACAUUCCGUCGCAUCGACAACCUUCGGCUAUGGAUCGGCGCGAUGAAGCUACGCUACCUCCUGCCCAUACAGCAGCCCGGCUUGCCAAGCGGCCGCUCUGGGGCGAGCCCGUCACCUUCUGCAUCCCCUUCUUUCAGCCAAACACGGUUUACGGGUGUUCCCAUCGUCUUCGACGCCAAGGUCGUAGCAAGGAGGGAGGACGGCUGGCGAGACAUGCUAGAGACCGUCCUUCUCGCCUGGGUGGACGCUGUCGUCGAGGAGAAGCGGGGCGAGCGGUGA